AUGACCUCUGUCAGUUUCAACGGCCUUGUUUUGUCCGCUUCUUACGACGGGGCGUACGGUGAGGGGGGAAGGAUCUUUAAGAAAUCGAGCAUUCCGUGUCCCGUUCUGCAAACGUGCUUCAUUGCUGAGAUGAAUUUGAUUUUCAUGUCUUUCAGGUGUCGAUGCUCUGAAGACGAUUACUGUGUCCCGUCGCACUACGACAGGUACCAAAUAAUGCAGUUUUACAAAUGCAUCCCGUCGACCGACUUGGAUUCUAACGAAGGGAAGAAAACUUUCCUUGAUGAGUUCGAAGUUCCAGAGUGA